AUGAACCAGCACCCGAGCAAUCCCUUGGUUUUUCAAGACUCCUUCAACCGCGACGGGUUUCAUGACGGAGGAAACAGCUCUGCCAACGGUGGCAAGGAUGAGAACAGCACCGGCAAUUCAUUUUUUGAGAAUGAAAUGUCAUUCAACUCGGACAGGUUUCUUUGCGUCAACUUUUCCGACGAUCUCUUCUCUUCGACUCCAAUCUUCUCCAGCCUCCCCCAGGUCACUGAGCACAUGUGUUUUGCCCAGCAAGAGCAGCAACAGCUUCAGCAACACACCGAGCAUCAAGUUCAUUUCCCGUCAUCCCUGGCCGAUUCCUCGACCUUCGCCUUUCCCCUCGAGCACACUUUUACUCAGCAGCAACAGUCACAAGGGCAUGCCGCGCAAGUUCUGUCGAUGCCGCAGUUUUCCACCGUCCAAUAUGUCCCGGAGUCGCAACAGACCCACCAAGACACCACUACCCUUGAUUCGCAGCAGCAACUACUACAUCAUCAGACCCCCACCAUCCCAUCUCAACCCCAACAGUACUGCGACUCUUCCGUCCUAAACGCCUUCCGACAACACUUACCCUCUCCUUCCCCUUCGUUGGACGCAAGCACUGCCGCAUCUGUGGCGAUCAUUGCCACCGCUACCUCUGCUGACACUCAUCACCAGCAGAACCCUAACUAUUACAAUAACGUCCUUCUGAACCAGACCUCUUCCACCCAACGGAUCCCUAUGGGCUUUACUCAAUUCCGCUCACCCGCACUGGAUCAAUUCUCCCUCGCCAGUCCUAAUGAGGACUCAUUGUCACCGGCCACGGAGCAUGGGUAUUUUGAUAGGACUGAAGAGUCCUCAUCGUCUUCGCCAUUUUACCAUCCUUUGUCGUCGGCUUAUUUGAAUUACAGCGGCGCCGAGUACUUGACAAGUUCCUUGCAAGACUUUGCACUGUCUGCCGGCAACGGUCUCUUCCCCCUCCUCACAUCUGCCUCAAGCUCAAGCCCGGUCUCCAGCUCCGUCAUGGUCAUUCCCUUCAACAACGUCCUGCCUUCGCCGACAUCCUCUCCUACGGAUCUUCUAACAGUCCUAGUUCCACCGUCUGUUAUCAGUCGAGCGGUCCGCAAGACCGCAUCCCAGCAGCAACUGUCUACCUCCGGUCAUCACCAGUAUCAUCAAGAUUCCUUUUUGUCGUCGCCAGCGUCCUCUACCUGCGACACUCUUGUUAGUUACUCUCCUACCUUGUCGAACUCGUCGGCUUCGCCUUUGUUCGGUUCUACGGUUCCCGCUUUGUCUUCUCCCCUCAAGCAACAGUUCAAACGCGUCGCAUUCUCGGACGGUGACGAUUCCGAUAUCCCCAAUGAAGAAGAGGAGAACAAGCGCAACCCCAAGCGCAGAAAGCGUGUCCGCAAAGCCGCUCCCAAGCCUGUCAACAAGCCCAAGGGACCCCGGAUUACCCUCUACUGCCAGUACCCGGGUUGCAAAGUAACCUGCUCCAGCCACCCCUCCAUGGUCCGCCAUGCUGAAGCCCACAAAUGGCGAGGCCUUUACUCCCCCGUCCGGUGCGAGGCUUGCCAGAGCUCGCUCUCGAACGAGUUCUCGGUCCAGCGACAUAUCCUCCGCUCGGCCGAGACAUCGCGGUGCCGCAAGAUGAGGACCUACAGCAUCAUGAGGUCCGAGAACGAGAUCGACAGCACGGUCAAGUUCUGCCCGAGGCGUCCUCAUGGCAAGAAGACUGUUCCGGUUGAUCUGGCGAAGAUGAAGGCAAAGUACAUUGAGGGGUGGCAGGGAACGAUGGAUGACUUGGUUGGUCAGUGUAAAGGUAAAGAGGAACGAGUGGUGAUUGGGCGGUGUGGAGUUGAGACGGUGGUAAUGAGUCAUAGAGGGCCGUGA